UUCACAGCGGGGAAGGGUCCGGAAGGCCCGGGGUGGGGUCGCUUUAGGUCGCCCACGAGGUCGGGGUCCAGAGGGAAGGAUGCCAGCCCCUCGGGCUUCCCAAGUGAGAGAUGAUGGGAGGGAGCUCCUCCUGAAAGGAACCCCCCCGUCUGUGAUGAGGACAGGGGCCGGGCGCCUGGGGUUGCUCGCGGCGGGGCAGGGUCCACGCCUCCGAAGAUCCCGCAGACUGAGCCGCCCAUGCACGGCUGGUGGGAGCACACAGGGCAGACAGGCCGUCCCAGCCCCAGAGCCAUCUCCAUAGCCUUCCUCCUCCACCAUGGACGCCCAGACUGGGGCCCAGAGGGCCUGGCUCCUCCCCGGACCUCACCCUGGGACCCCCCACCCCGAGACCCCAAACCCUUCCCCGCCCCUCUGACUCCAGACGGGGCCCCCCUAGGGCAGGGCCUGGCCUCCAGACGCCACUCUGGGGAGCUGGGGCAGUGCCGCACGUUUGCCAGGUCGCCCUGAGCAACCGCGAGCCGUGAGCAGCAUCCCGGUGCCGCGUGGGAGGCGUCCGUCUGCGCAGGCGCGUGCCCGGGCACCGUAGGUGCAAACACCUCGCGCCGGUGUCUGCAGGUCGUGUGCCUGUCUCGUCGGGCCACCAGACCCAUCCACCUGCCCGGCAGGCCGCCGAGCUCGGACCUCGGCCCACCCACUGCUCCGCAGGCCCGCCCCGCUCGUGCCCCGCCCCCAUCCCGCAGGCCCCACCCCGGCCCCGCCCAAGGGCCGUGACCCCGCCCCAGGCCCCGCCCCGCGGAUGCGCGCCUGCGCAGUAACGGCAGGCGCAGUCGGAAGCACGGCGCGGACCGUGGGGCACAGCUGGGGACGGCUGCCCCUCUUGCCCGCAGUGCCGACCCCGCAGUCGUCCUCCACUGGGGCUCGGGCCGCCCUGGCCGGGGAUGGCGGCGGCGGCCGAACCCGGGGCCCGCGCCUGGCUUGGCAGCGGCUCCCCGCGCCAGGGCAGCCCGACCUCCAGCCCGGAGCUGGGCGCCGGAAGCAGCUCGCGGUCGGGGCCGGGGUCCGGGCCGGGGUCGGGGCCGGGGUCCGGGCCGGGGUCGGGGCCGGAGCGGGCGGGCGCUAGGCCCCUGGGCCCCGCCGCGCCGGGUCACAGCUUCAGGAAGGUGACGCUCACCAAGCCCACCUUCUGCCACCUCUGCUCCGAUUUCAUCUGGGGGCUGGCCGGCAUCCUGUGUGACGUCUGCAACUUCAUGUCCCACGAGAAGUGCCUGAAGCACGUGAAGACCCCGUGUACGAGCGUGGCACCCAGCCUGGUCCGCGUCCCGGUGGCCCACUGCUUUGGCCCCCGGGGGCUCUACAAGCGCAGGUUCUGUGCCGUGUGCCGAAAGGGCCUGGAGGCACCCGGGGUUCGCUGCGAAGUGUGUGAGCUGCACGUUCACCCCGACUGUGUGCCCUUCGCCUGCAGCGACUGCCGCCAGUGCCACCAGGACGGGCACCGGGACCACGACACGCACCUCCACCACUGGCGCGAGGGAAAUCUGCCCUCGGGCGCGCGCUGCGAGGUCUGCCGAAAGACUUGCGGCUCGUCCGACGUGCUGGCCGGCGUGCGCUGCGAGUGGUGCGGCGUCCAGGCCCACUCGGUCUGCUCCGCGGCUCUCGCCCCCGAGUGCACUUUCGGGCGCCUGCGCACCAUGGUCCUGCCGCCGGCGUGCGUGCGCCUGCUGUCCCGCAACUUCAGCAAGAUGCACUGCUUUCGGAUCUCCGAGAGCACGGCCCCUGAGCCGGGGGAGGGAGAAGACAGCGUGGACGGAAGCGCCCCCGCCGGCCCAGGAAGAGAGGUGAUGGCACUAGAGUCCAGCAAGCAGACUCUGAAGAUCUUUGACGGCAACGACGCGGUGCAGCGAAACCACUUUCGUGUCAUCACCGUCCCCCGCCUGGCCAAGAGUCAGGAGGUGCUGGAGGUGGCGCUGCGGGCCUACUACAUCACGGAGGACCCUCAGGGCUUCCAGCUGCAGGCGCUCCCUGCACCCGCUCUGACUGGUGACACCGGGGCCUCGGGGAAGGUCUGGAGUGGUGGGACCACCGAGGAGGAAGGCAGUAGAGGCCCAGGGGCCCGAGACGUUCCCAGCAUCACUCGCAUUCCCGAGGCCUGGAUCAUUCGCGCUCUGCCCCGCACCCAGGAGGUCCUGAAGAUCUACCCUGCCUGGCUCAAGGUGGGUGUGGCCUACGUGUCCAUGCGUGUGACCCCGCAGAGCACUGCCCGGACUGUGGUGCUGGAGGUCCUCCCGCUGCUCGGACGCCAGACCGAGGGGCUGAAGAGCUUCCAGCUGGUGGAGGUACUCAUGGGCAGCAGGCAAGUCCAGCGCAUGGUGCUGGCGGACGAGGAGCCCUUGCUUGAUCGGCUUCGUGAGAUCCGGCAGACGUCCCUGCGGCAGAUGAGCCAGACGCGGUUCUAUGUGGCUGAGAGCAGAGUGGUGGCCCCACGUGUCUCUCUGUUUGUGGGUGGUCUGCCCCCUGGCCAGUCCCCCCAGGAGUAUAGCAGUCUGCUGGAAGAGGCUGUGGCCAGCAAAGCUGGCCUGGUGUCCGUGAGCCACGUCUACUCCACACAAGGUGCCGUGGUGCUGGACGUGGACUGCUUUGCGGAGGCCGAGCGGCUAUACAUGCUGAUCAGGGACACGGCUGUGCACGGCCGGCCGCUGACAGCCCUGGUGCUCCCAGACGUGCUGACAAGGAGGCGGCCACUGCAGGUCAGGGUACCCCUCCGCCGGCUCCACGGGCAGAGACGGGUGGGUGAUGCCGACAUGCACUUUCUCUCUCCUGGCAGCUGCCUGCCCUGGGCUGAGCAGCACCUGAAGCUGCCCCCAGACUGCUGCCCCCUGCUGGUGUUUGUGAACCCCAGAAGCGGAGGCCUCAAGGGCCGUGACCUGCUCUGCAGUUUCCGGAAGCUGCUCAACCCCCACCAGGUCUUUGAGCUGACCAACGGGGGGCCGCUGCCCGGGUUCCACGUGUUCUCCCAGGUGCCCUGCUUCCGGGUGCUGGUGUGUGGCGGGGACGGCACCGUGGGCUGGGUGCUCGCUGCCCUGGAGGAGAUGCGGCACCGCCUGGCUUGCCCAGAGCCUGCCGUGGCCAUCCUGCCCCUGGGCACAGGGAAUGACCUUGGCCGGGUCCUCCGCUGGGGGGCGGGCUACAGUGGAGAGGACCCGUUCUCUGUGCUGGUGUCGGUGGACGAGGCAGAUGCUGUGCUCGUGGACCGCUGGACCAUCCUGCUGGAUGCUCAUGAGGCCGGCAGUGGGGAGAACAGCGUGGCAGACGCAGAGCCCCCCAAGAUCGUGCACAUGAGUAACUACUGUGGGAUUGGCAUCGACGCGGAGCUAAGCCUGGACUUCCACCAGGCACGAGAGGAAGAGCCCGGCAAGUUCACGAGCAGGUUCCACAACAAGGGCGUGUAUGUGCGGGCUGGGCUGCAGAAGAUGAGCCACUCCCGCGGCCUGCACAGGGCCCUGCGGCUGCAGGUGGACCAGCAGGAGGUGCAGCUGCCCAGCAUCGAGGGGCUCAUCUUCAUCAACAUCCCCAGCUGGGGCUCGGGGGCCGACCUGUGGGGCUCCGACAGUGACUCGAGAUUCGAGAAGCCGCGCAUGGAUGACGGGCUGCUGGAGGUGGUGGGGGUGACGGGCGUCGUGCACAUGGGUCAGGUCCAGGGUGGGCUGCGCUCCGGCAUCCGCAUUGCCCAGGGGUCCUACUUCCGUGUCACCCUCCUCAAGGCCACACCCGUGCAGGUGGAUGGCGAGCCCUGGGUCCAGGCUCCCGGGCACAUGAUCAUCUCAGCCGCAGGCCCGAAGGUCCACAUGCUCAGGAAGGCCAAGCAGAAGCCCAGGAAGGCGGGGACCCCCAAGGAUAUGCGAGCAGAUGGGGCGCCUGCCCCUGAGGGGGACUCCAAGUAGAAGCGGGUCCUGGAGCAGCGCUCGCUGGUGGAUAUACUCGCCCACAGCCCUGACCUUGGGUGUUUCCCUCUUGUCCCGUCCCUGUGCCACACAGAAACUGCUGGUGGGUAGUGGGCACUUCCCCUCUGGCCUUCGUACCAGUGAUGGGUGGGCACGGGGCUCUCUGGGGCCCAGGCCACUGUCCUGGAGGGCACAUACUCCUCCCCAGGUCCCUCUGCCCUCUCUGCCCCCUCCAGCCAGGCAGUGCUGUGCCUCACCUCAUGCCCCCUGGGCUGUCCCCCCGGGCUGUCCCCCCGGAUGCUCCUACAGGGCAGCUGGCUCUCUGGGCCCUGGGGUUGCCCAGCACAGACACGGGACACCCUGGCCACUAGCUCUUUGGCCUCACCUCUCCACUGAGGGCUGUCCUGGGGGACAUGCCUCUCCAGGCCUGGGUGGUGUCUGGCCGGCCCAGUCGGAACCUGGCUGGUGGCCCUGGAGUGACAGGGCUGGGACAGGAGGGCCCCGCAGAGGCCAGGUGGUGCCCAGGAGGUAGCAGGAGCCUGACUGGGAGCCCAGAGGAAGUGCGGAGAGCGUGCAGCGGAGCUGCUUUAAUCAGCAAGGUCAACGCGGUACGUGAUCACCGCGGCACUCGGCCUCCCAUUUGCCGAUAGUCAGCCCACGGGUGCCGUGUCCGCUGCCGGGCAGACGGGACUCGUAUGGUCUCUGUGCUUCUCCACGUGGAGACUCGGCGACACAGGAUGCAAACGUGGCUGUCUGGUGGGCCACUCGCAGAGCCCCUACCACAGAGCCCCAGAGUUCAGCCGGCCCAGAGUCCCGACUUGGCCCCCAGAAGAGCCCGACCCCAGCUGCUUGGGAGCCCCCAAAGCCCCCGAGAAGGGUCCACAAGCCCCUCUCCCGAUUGUCUGGUCUCUUUGCCUUUGGCGCUGUCUUGCCACUGGGCCCUCGCACCCUGGGUGGUGGCCUUGCCCUGACAUUCGGCCUCAACCUUGGACAUGGCCCUGCCCAGCCCUGUACCCGCCAAGCUCGUGCCAAAACUGCCCAGACACGUGCAUCGGAACAGCCGUGGGUGGUGGCCUGUCCUCGCCACAUGCCUCUAGUAGCUGGUGUGCGUCCCCCAGGUCUGCGUCCUGGGGGCGGCAUCAGCUUUUGCUUUACGGGCCCCGUUGGUCGAUUUGAACUGUCUUGUAAAAUGUGGUUCAGGUGAACGUGUCCUCUGUGCGUGCGUGAGUCUGUGCACCCGGAGGGGCUGCGUGGGCUCUGCACCCCCUCCCUCGUGUGUAACUUAUCACCUGAAGGUGACCGUAAUUUAUAUCUGGGACAAAUAUAGUCUGGGCAUCCUG